ACCCUGGACAACGCAGCUCUAGAAAAAACUGCAGGUCACUGUGCUGUAGGCAACACGUGUCGGUGACAUAUGCAUAUGCCAUGAAACAUGGGCAGCUAAUCGCACCCAAGGUCAACCCAUCUAGCAGGUGAUGCUAUCAGAAGUCCUGCAGGUGCUGCGUGGGGCAGGUAAGGUGGGGUCUGCCCUGGUCACCACCCAGGGAGAACAUCUCCGAUUAAUGGCCUGCAACUCCUCCAUGGGAGCAGGGGUCAAAGCUGCUCAGGAUGUGGUGGAGGGACUGAUGGGCACCUUUAUGGGCGGCAGCAGUGCGCAGUCAAUAAAGGAGGAAGUGUUUCCGGAUGCGGAGGGUUGGGAGAAUAUGGACCCUAAUGAAGCAGCCAAAUGGGCCAUGGGGUCAGAGUUCCCAACUGAUGAGCCGGAGCAAAGCGAGACAGAAGCUGGAUCUGCAGCAGAGAUACCAACAGGAGUUCCUCCACCCCCCGGGGUAGCCCCUGCAGGAGCGGGCUGGCCGGGACAGAGCGCUCGCUUUCUCCACACGACCCACUGUCUCCACAGGUACUUCUGCCAGACCAGGUCUGUUCACAACACGGUGGUGACCAGACUCACACCAGAGGACAUCAAGAAAGCCAGGGAGGCCAAGCAGGCUCUGGUCAAACCUGUCAGACAGAAGCUGAGUGACCGUGCCAGAGAGAGGAAGGUGCCAUCCACAAGAAUCAGCAGACUGGUUAAUUUUGGAGGACUGGCAGUAGGACUUGGAGUUGGUGCCAUUGCAGAAAUUGCAAAACAGUCAUUUGGAGGCAAACAAAAAGGAGACAUGAGUGCUCUGUUAGACUCUCCUCUCAUGUCAGAGGCCAAUGCUGAGAGAAUAGUCAACACACUGUGCAAGGUCCGUGGGGCUGCAUUGAAGAUAGGACAGAUGCUCAGCAUUCAAGACAACUCCUUCAUCAACCCCCAGCUACAGAAGAUCUUUGAGAGAGUCCGGCAGAGCGCAGACUUCAUGCCGGCCUGGCAGAUGACUAAAGCUCUCGAGAAGGAACUGGGGUCAGGCUGGCGAGAGAAGCUAUCAUCCUUUGAAGAUAAACCGUUCGCUGCAGCUUCCAUCGGCCAGGUGCAUCAUGGGGUGUUGAAAGAUGGUAGAGAAAUCGCCAUGAAGAUCCAGUACCCUGGAGUGGCAGAGAGCAUCCACAGUGACAUAAACAACCUGAUGUCAGUUCUGAAAAUGAGCCUGGUCCUGCCAGAAGGUCUGUUUGCUGACAGCAGCUUAGAGGUUCUUCAGAGGGAGCUGGCAUGGGAGUGUGACUAUAAGAGGGAGGCCGAGUGUGCCAAAAAGUUCAGGUCCCUGCUGGAGGGAGAUGAGUUUUUCCAAGUCCCUGAGGUGAUCGAUGAGCUGUCAGGCCGCACAGUGCUGGCAAUGGAGCUGGUACAGGGAGUCCCACUAGACCGCUGUGUAGACCUGGACCAGGAGACCAGGAACCAGAUUUCUUUCAACAUCCUCCAGUUGUGUCUCCGGGAGUUGUUUGAGUUCAGGUUCAUGCAGACAGAUCCAAACUGGGCCAACUUUUUCUAUAACUCUGACACCAACAAGGUCAUUCUGUUGGACUUUGGAGCGUGCAGAAGCUACCCAGAAUCAUUCACAGAUGACUACAUACAGGUGGUGCACGCGGCUUCCGUGGGUGAUCGAGCCACUGUUCUUUCCAAAUCGAAGGACCUGAAAUUCCUGACAGGCUUCGAGGCCAAGGCCUUUGAGGAUGCCCAUGUGGAGGCGGUGAUGAUCCUCGGUGAAGCCUUUGCGUCUGCGGAGCCCUUUGACUUCGGGACCCAGAGCACCACCCAGCGCAUCCAGAGCCUCAUCCCUAUCAUGCUACGCCACCGCCUCACCCCUCCGCCUGAGGAGACAUACUCCCUUCACCGCAAGAUGGCCGGCUCCUUCCUCAUUUGCUCCAAACUGAAUGCACGUAUAUCGUGCAGGGACAUGUUCCUGAACGUGUACAACACCUACAACCAGAGGAGGCAGGCGGAGCAUGCAGCACAGGCCAGUGCUUAGACGCUCAGGGACAAGGUUGUUAAAUAUAAAUAAAUAUGUCUAGGACUUUUUCAGAGUUGGCUGCAAAGUAAAGGGACAGAAAGGAUGUGGUCUUUAAUCUUGAAGUGGAGACACUGGAUGAGACUUGCCUAAGACUUUACACCAUGCCAAUAUGUAACCGACUAUGGAAACGUGCUCUAAUGAGGACCAUGAAUGUGCUUGCCUUUCUCUGCCUGUCUCCUUUCAGUGCUUCACUGACAUCAGUGUGAGGGUGUAAUGAUGUGGGGAUCCCACCCCAACAUGUCACUCGAGGCUCAACUAAGCUCUCACUCUCAUGUACAGACAAACAUAAAUACUUAAUAACGUGCUAAAGCCCAAAUGGUUAUGUUACUGAUUCAGUGUAUAUGUUAAUUAAAGAGAGGAUUAUUUAAUUCAUUUUUAGUGUUUGUUGGUGUGUGUUUGACCAUGUUGGCCCAAUGGUUACAUCUCUCGUCACUGCAAAUGCACUACACAGUGCUGCGGUACACUUAAGCAAGCUUUGUGUGCAGUUUAUCAAAAGGCAAGAUGUACUGUAUAUUUCCUUUGUGCUCGCCUGGCUAAAAACGAAUAAAUUCUGACUCCUA